AUGAGACGCCUCGGACACCGCCGCGGACAAACGGGACUCCAGCUCCCUCACGCUCUUCCCUGCUGCAUCGCUAGCUUCCACCAUCUCGGCCUUCUUUGCAGCGAGCAGCGCAGCCAGGGCAGCGUUCUCCCCCUCCAACGCCUUCAGCUGGACGAGAGCGUCCGCCAGUUCGCGCUCCAGGAUAUCCACAUCACCCGUAGCAGCAAGUUCCCUUCUCGCAGCGAGUUCCUCAAGUUCACGACAGCGGCUAUACACACCCUCAAUUGUCUUACUCGCGUCCGCCUCUGCACCCUCAAUUACCGCCUCCCUCUGUGCAAGUUCCUCUGCGAGCUUCUCAUUGUCAGCCUCCCUCUGCGCAAGGUCCUCUGUCAGCUUCUCAUUGUCAGCCUCCCUCUGCGCAAGAUCCUCUGCGAGCUUCUCAUUGUCAGCCUCCCUCUGCGCAAGUUCCUCUGUCAGCUUCUCAUUGUCAGCCUCCCUCUGCGCAAGUUCCUCCGUCAGCUUCUCAUUGUCAGCCUCCCUCUGCGCAAGAUCCUCUGCGAGCUUCUCAUUGUCAGCCUCCCUCUGUGCGAGGUCCUCUGCGAGCUUCUCAUUGUCAGCCUCCCUCUGUGCGAGGUCCUCUGCGAGCUUCUCAUUUUCAGCCUCCCUCUGUGCGAGGUUCUCUGCGAGCUUCUCAUUGUCAGCCUCCCUCUGUGCGAGGUCCUCUGCGAGCUUCUCAUUGUCAGCCUCCCUCUGUGCGAGGUUCUCUGCGAGCUUCUCAUUGUCAGCCUCCCUCUGUGCGAGGUCCUCUGCGAGCUUCUCAUUGUCAGCCUCCCUCUGCGCAAGAUCCUCUGCGAGCUUCUCAUUGUCAGCCUCCCUCUGCGCAAGAUCCUCUGUCAGCUUCUCAUUGUCAGCCUCCCUCUGCGCAAGUUCCUCUGCGAGCUUCUCAUUGUCAGCCUCCCUCUGUGCGAGGUCCUCUGCGAGCUUCUCAUUGUCAGCCUCCCUCUGCGCAAGUUCAUCUGCGAGCUUCUCAUUGUCAGCCUCCCUCUGCGCAAGUUCCUCUGCGAGCUUCUCAUUGUCAGCCUCCCUCUGCGCAAGAUCCUCUGCGAGCUUCUCAUUGUCAGCCUCCCUCUGCGCAAGGUCCUCUGCGAGCUUCUCAUUGUCAGCCUCCCUCUGCACAAGUUCCUCUGCGAGCUUCUCAUUGUCAGCCUCCCUCUGCGCAAGGUCCUCUGCGAGCUUCUCAUUGUCAGCCUCCCUCUGUGCAAGUUCCUCUGCGAGCUUCUCAUUGUCAGGCUCCCUCUGUGCAAGUUCCUCUGCGAGCUUCUCAUUGUCAGCCUCCCUCUGCACAAGUUCCUCUGCGAGCUUCUCAUUGUCAGCCUCCCUCUGCGCAAGAUCCUCUGCGAGCUUCUCAUUGUCAGCCUCCCUCUGCGCAAGGUCCUCUGCGAGCUUCUCAUUGUCAGCCUCCCUCUGUGCAAGUUCCUCUGCGAGCUUCUCAUUGUCAGCCUCCCUCUGCACAAGUUCCUCCGUCAGCUUCUCAUUGUCAGCCUCCCUCUGCGCAAGGUCCUCCGUCAGCUUCUCGAUGUCAGUCUCUCUCUGUGUGAGAGUGGUCUCUAG